AAUUUUUAAAAAAUGAUAAUAAAUUUCCUCUUUGGAAAAGGGAAAAAAAAUAAUCGGCUGAAAAUGGUGUAAUCCUCGCACAAACUCUACCAAAACAUAUAAAAUCUACCUUAAAAAGUAAGUUUUAAGACUUCCACGAGAAACGUGAACCCACGAAACUUUAUAGAGAAAGGAAAAUUGACAGUCACUCCGGCGUUCUCGGAUGGACUCAGCUCCGAACUCUCAGCCCUUCGCUUGCUUGCUUUUGAAUUAUUUUAGCAUUUUCCAACCAAUCUUUUGGUGGGAGGUUCGGUUUGUGUAUGAGUAUACUUUUAUGUAGAGGAAUGGAAUUUAGUAGUUUGACAUAGCCAGACCUGCAACCAAGGAAAUGGAUUCAGCAAGGAGUUGGUUUCUAAAGUUUCAAACCUGGGACAGGUCAAGGGGUAUGACGAAGGAGACUAAUGGUGAAGGGAAGGAGGAUUUGGAUGCACAGGGUGAUGAACAAGCACUUUCCAAUGUCACAAAGCAGAAGGUUUCGGUGGCAAAGCAGUAUAUAGAAAACCACUACAAGGAGCAAAUGAAGAACCUGCAGGAGAGGAAGGAGCGAAGAAAUAUUCUGGAAAAGAAGUUGGUUGAUGCUGAUGUCUCUGAGGAGGAUCAAAACAACCUUCUUAAAUUUUUGGAGAAGAAGGAAACCGAGUACAUGCGUCUUCAGAGGCAUAAAAUGGGCGCUGACAGUUUUGAGCUGCUGACAAUGAUUGGGAAGGGUGCAUUUGGAGAGGUAAGAGUUUGUCAGGAAAAGGAAACAGGUCAUGUUUAUGCUAUGAAAAAACUUAAGAAAUCGGAGAUGCUUCGCAGAGGCCAGGUUGAGCAUGUGAAGGCAGAAAGGAAUCUGCUUGCAGAAGUUGAUAGCAAUUGCAUUGUCAAACUCUACUGUUCUUUUCAAGAUGAUGAGUUUCUUUAUCUGAUUAUGGAAUAUUUACCUGGGGGAGAUAUGAUGACUUUACUUAUGAGAAAGGAUACCUUGACUGAAGACGAAGCCAGAUUUUAUGUUGCAGAAAUAGUUCUGGCUAUUGAAUCUAUUCAUGAACACAAUUACAUUCAUAGGGAUAUCAAGCCCGACAACUUGCUUCUUGAUAGAUAUGGGCACUUGAGACUGUCAGAUUUUGGACUGUGUAAACCAUUAGACUGCAAUACACUACAAGAACAGGAUUUUUCAGUGGGGAACAGCCAAAAUGGGACUGCACAGAAUGAAGAGCACCCUCUAGCUCCAAAACGCACACAGCAAGAACAACUACUGCAUUGGCAAAAAAACAGAAGAAUGCUUGCUUAUUCUACUGUCGGUACACCCGACUAUAUUGCGCCAGAAGUUUUGUUGAAGAAAGGAUAUGGAUUGGAAUGUGACUGGUGGUCACUUGGGGCUAUUAUGUAUGAAAUGCUUGUGGGGUACCCGCCAUUUUAUUCUGAUGAUCCCAUGUCAACAUGCAGAAAGAUAGUGAACUGGAGAACUCAUUUGAAGUUUCCCGAGGAAGCAGAGCUAUCUCCAGAGGCAAAAGGUCUUAUUAGUAAACUUCUGUGUAAUGUAAACCAGAGGUUAGGGUCAAAAGGUGCUGACGAAAUAAAGGCUGAUCCGUGGUUUGAAGGUAUUGAUUGGGACAAGAUAUAUCAUAUGGAAGCUGCAUCUAUUCCUGAGGUCAAUGAUGAUUUGGACACUCAAAAUUUUGAAAAGUUUGAGGAGUCUGAUAACCAGAGUCAGAAUUCAUCCAAAAAUGGUCCGUGGAGAAAGAAGCUCUCAGCCGAGGACCAUAAUUUCAUGGGUUACACAUAUAAGAACUUUGAAAUUGUCAAUGAUUAUCAAGUGCCUGGGAUGGCUGAGUUGAAGAAGAAAACCGGCAAAGCAACGAGGCCAUCUGUCAAAUCACUUUUUGGGAAGUCUGAAACAUCUGAGGCGUCUGAUAUAUCUGCAAGUAGUCAACCCGUAUAAGGGAGCUUUUUAAACCUCUUGCCUCCCCAACUGGUAGCAUCUCAAAACCAUAAAGAAUCCCCUUAACCAGCUUUUUCUCUGCAUGGUGAGAUGGACAAGAUGCUCCAGUUGAUACGCCAACGCAUUGACUUCCAAGUACGUCGUGUAAAUUUUGGGUGAAGUCAAGGGUGGAUAUAUCCGCAUGAAAUUGAUGCUUGUUUGAAAACUCAAGCUUUGAAGUGUGAAGAAAGGGUUCUGGUUUUGAAGCAACAAAUUUUCCCAGAACCUUCUUGGAAAGGAUUCCAGUAAGUUUUUUUGUUUCCAAAGAUCCUAAACUGACAGAUUAAUAAUUCAUGCUCUACCGAAAUGCAUUUUGCAUUCAUUUAUUUUUUGUCAAUCUACUAGAUAUUGUAUAGAGAAACUAUAAUGUGCUCAAAUUCCUUUAGAUGUAUAUUGUGCUUUUCAUUGGUUA